GGGAGAGCAACUCCUUUAACUAUCUCCAAACUACAAGCCUUCCUAAUCAUGCACGAUAGAGCUUCCAUCACAAUAACGAAGAGAAAAGGAGACAAAGGGUCACCUUGACGCAUGCCUUUAAAGCAUUUGAAUUCGAAGGAUGGCGCGCCGUUAACCAAAACCGACGCCCUAGCCGACGACAGCACACCCUUGAUCCAAGAACGCCACUUAACCGAGAAACCCAACUGAAGGAGCAUAUCGAGAAUAAAGUUCCAAUUAACAUUGUCGUACGCCUUUUCGAAGUCAAUCUUGAGAAGGAAGAUAUUUUUAUUAGAGUGUUUAGCCCAAUUCAAAACUUCGUUAACAAUUAGCGGGCCGUCCAGGAUCAGCAGUCAUGUGCUAAUAAUUUUAACAGUUUUAUUCUUCACUCAGGGCUUAUUGAGUACAAUAUGCGUGGUAGGAAGUUCACAUAUUCAUCGGCUGAUGGAAGGAAGCAGAGCAAACUUUAGAGUGUGUUUGGAUAGUUUUGCCAUCACAAGUGUCCACCUUCAAAGUAUCCGAUCAGCUUCGGUAAACUAUACGAAACUGACCAGUAAUACCCUCGCCGGAGCCACCCUGUUUCCUCAUAAGUUCAUAUAAUAUUGCUCACAAGUGUCUAGCCAUGACAACUAAUGGCGAAAAGCAAGCUUCACCGAAGCACCCGCGUGUAACCGAUCAUAUAGCUUCCGCCAAGAGAAGAAGAUUUCGGCGACUUAAAAGUGCCCCACUGGCCGAUUCGUUUACUUAUGAUAAAAAAACCGAUGCAGUUAAACAAUGUCCCAAGUCUGUUUUUGAUCAGUUUAGCCCGAGUUACUGGAAAAUAGGUGUCGUAUUGUUGGUCUAUUUAGCUGCAGGUACACUUUGUUUUCAUCUGACCAGACACCAGAUUGCAGGAAACAAAACGAACAGCGUACUCGAUGCGCUGUACUUCACUGUUGUAACGAUGACAUCUGUCGGUUAUGGAGACGUUAUUCCGGAUAGCACUCUCACAAUCCUACUCGCGUGUCUGUUUGUGGUCUUGGGCAUGUUAAUUGUGGGGUUGGUUUUAGGUAAAGCAGCCGAGGUUUUAGUGGUAAAACAAGAACGAAUACUAGAAAAGGCGUUACAUCUACACGAAACCAUCGGUGAAGCACAAAUCCUUAAGAAAAUGAAAACGAAUACAGCGAGGAACAAGUGUAUCAUCUUGGUAUUAUUGCUUUUGGUACUUAUGGGUGCAGGAACAGGUCUGUUACUUGAAGUUGAAGAUUUGGACUUUGUUCACGCGUUUUAUUGUGUUGUUGCAACGCUUACAGGCCUCGGGUACAUACAUACAUGUUUUACAACAACUGGCAGCCGCGUGUUUGCUGUGUUUUGGAUAUUAUUGGGUACGGUUUAUGUAGCGCAGUUGCUGUUCACUUUCGCUUUGCUGUACAGCGAACGAAAGCAAAGAUCGUUGGUUAAAUGGGUUCUUAAAAGAAAAACAACGACUUCUGACCUCGAGGCAGCUGAUUUUGAUGGCGAUGGAGUCGUCGUGGCUGCAGAGUUUGUUCUGUACAAGUUAAAAGAGAUGGGAAAGAUCAGCCAAGACGACAUCACACCGAUCGUGGAUGAGUUUGAAACACUAGAUUUUGAUAAAACCGGAACGUUAUCUGUCAAUGAUCUUCGGUUAUCCCAGUCAGCGUUGUUAUCAGGGGCUGAUAUUGUAGCUCCCCGGUUAUCAGUGUAAGGUAAUGCAAGUAUCUUACACAGUAAGAGGGAGAUGUUUGGAUGGGAGUUUAAACUGAUUAAUCAGUUGUUGGUGUUUGGGUAGAAGUGGAUAUUGUAAUAACUGUAAAAUUAUCAACUAAUGGUGCAAAAUAACUGUUUUCUCUUCAA